AUGUCUUCAAUUUUUGAUUCAAUAGCUGAGUUACGAAAAUGUCAAUGGUAUUGGGGUAGUAUCUCAUCACGUGAGGCUGAAAAUCUCCUUGCAAUUGAACCUCCAGGGACUUUUUUAGUCCGUGAUUCUCGAAAUGAAAAUUACAUUUAUUCAUUAACAUUCAAGACAGAAAGUGGACCACAUUCUUUAAUAAAAUCACAGUCAAUUAUACAAUUUAUAGAAAAAACAAUUGAAUAUAGUAAAAAUAUACAGCAACAUUGUCUUUUGAUGCACAGUAAUAAUCAUUUAAAUAAUGGUGCUGAACAAAUAUUUUUAUUAUAUCCAUUGAAAAGAACAAAUUUGAUGCCAUCAUUAAAAUACUGGUGUAGAAUAUCUGUAAGAAAUUAUAUUCAUGAUGUCAGUAAAAUUAAAUCAUUUCCUCUACCCACUGUUCUACAAAAGUAUUUGAUGGAAAAGAAGUACCUUAUGAUUUCUUAA